AUGUGCCAGUGGGUACACUUGGUGACUGUCACCGUGUCUUUGUUUUUCACUUCAGCUUCCGGAGUGAUCCAAUGGGGUGAUCCCAGCUGCUGGUCGGGAUGGCUAAUGCAUGAGCUGUGCUGUUAUCCGCUCCCGAAAGCAGGCAAGGUCGGGCAGCUUCCGAUACAAGAAAAUGGCUUCACACCAUGCUGGAAUGAGAACCGAAACGUCUCGCGCUGCUGCCGACCUCGAGGCUCCUUUUUCCGGAUCAGUCGAGCCAUUCCCUCAAGACUCAAGGGCCUCCUGCAAGGCUGUGAUGCACCAACAUGGCAAAACUUCAUAUUCAAGGUCCGGAUGACUUCCGGGAUAUUGUUGUCUCUGGAUACCAAGGAGACGAAUUGGUUUCGGUACUAUGGUCUCCCGAUGUCACGGCGCAAGGUUGCUGGUUCCUGUGUUAUUGGCGGGGCAAUACAUCGUAUACUGUGGGACUACUUGUCCUUGGAUGUGUCAGCAGACUCCGGGGAGGCAUUAGACGUGCUCACGUUUGCAGAUGCGCAGCUCAGACCCUGGGGUGGCCUCUUCAAUGCUUUUGGCAUGACAUUAGAGCAGUUGCGCUUCAUCCGAUCAUUGCAGCUACUGCAAAACUACUACACGAACCAACCCGUUCGCAGGAAAUUUAAACUGCAACAGUUUCCGUCGAAAUUUACGACCGGUGCCCCGUUGGCUUUUGAUUUCGGCGCUUCCGGCGGAUUGGACACGGAGUUUUACCUGCACUCCGGCUUGAGGGUCGUUUCCGUCGAAGGGAACGUCCAGGCACUGCGGAAGCUUCGCUCACGUCUCAGGCGUUUCGAAGACCGCCGGAACUUAACUUUGGUUCAUGCUGUGGCGGGUGCAAGCUCCGCUCCGGAGGUGGCAAAGUUCAGGGUCGAUGAGCACCAACCCGAAGUAUCUGGAUUGUGGGAUGGCCGGUCCACCGAGGAUGCAAAAGUUGAAGUGGUGCCACGACGAGCCUGCGGGGCUUUGUAUUCUCAAUUUGCACGCCGCAGCCGUCGAAGCCGAUCCGAGUACGUCAAGAUCGAUUUGGAAGGGAUGGAUGUGCCAUGUCUGGAAAGCCUUCUUCGAAACACAAGCGGGCCGCACCGUGCGCAGCCACAAGCAGCUCUACGGGGCAAAGCGUCGAAUUCCAGUGCCAAGUUUCGCCCGCUUGCCCCGAAAUUCGUGUCCAUCGAGUUGCCAAGACCCUACUCUUCCGACCUCGUUGAAACGAAGGCCCUGGAAACGGCCAACAUGUUGCGCGGCUUACUGAGAGGUCGCUAUUGUGCGGCAAAGCUUUGUCGCCAGCACAUCUACAACAUAAGAUAUGUUGAGGGGCUGGGGGUCCUCUCUAGACAUGGCUUGGGUUCAUCGGGCCUCUUUGGCAAUGCUGCGGUGGAUUGGAGAGUUGGGGAGGAAUGGAGGCCCUUGGAAGCAGUGCUCGCCGAGAUGCCGCAAGCUGGCAUGCUUGGGCUCUUGAGCUUGGAUUGGUUUGAUCUGCACCUGCGCCACUGCUAG